UCACUCUUCAUUUUAGUAUCCACUCGUCGACUUGUCAACGGCUACUGCAUAAAAUGCAUCGAUUCGUGACAGUGUGGAGGCCUGCAUUGCGGGGCUUGCUGGCCUCUCGAUGGACAGUGGGAACGUUGGCGUCGGUGCUCAUCUCGUCGCUGUGUUGGUGGCUGCUCUCGGAGCUUGCGGAGUCUGACCACGCUCUGCUUCGUGUUCUGCCUAAUGGACUUCGCGGUUUCUGGUGUGUGGAGCUCGAAGGCCACAUCGAUGCCCACUACUAUCGCCCCGACGCUUGUGUCACUGCUCGUAAGCGCACCGAAUCCAUUACAGAGCUCGUGCGUGUCUUCAGUGCAAUGCUCGACAAGCGCGACGUCGACUAUUGGCUCGACAGUGGCACCUUAUUGGGCCAGUUCCGGGCUCAAUCCGUCAUCCCUUGGGACGAUGACGCCGACUUUGGCAUGACCAUGGAAGGCUACGAGCUGCUUCAAGACACUCGGUGGGCCGUUCCAGAAGGGUAUGAGCUCCAAGUCUACGAUAGCAACAUCCAUAUAGCACGAGACCGCGACUGGAACAUCCCUGCUCGUCUUGUGGACAAAACCUACGGGUUCUAUGUGGAUGUGUUCGUAUUCACGGAAUCGGAAGCCAAUGGAGUCGAGAUGCUGGGCACCCACCCGUCAAGUUGCUGGCAUGCGUGCUCAAAGUGCCUGCAGAUCGAUCGAUACGCCAAACUGCUUCUCAUCCCUCGUUAUUAUGUGUUCCCACUACUGAGCUGUCCAUUCGCCGACUUCCGAGUGCUUUGCCCAGCGAGACGAACGCUCUACCUAGAGCAUUUGUACGGACCAGAUUUUCGAACGCCACAAAGAACGUGAAAUCGCUUUUCAUUAACAAGAAGUUAGGACGACAUGAAUUCUCUCGGCAACAAGAGCUCGAUUUCCAUGGUGACCCCUACACACUUGGUCUAAGCUGGAGAACAAAUUUGCUGUGUGCCUGGUGAAACUUGAAUAGAAUCUUUCAGCAUUUUGUCCAAACACCCCAGGUAAGAUUGCAUGGGAAUAGAUAGUUUCACGAGCGUUCAUGGAUCGUUGGCUCGAGCCGUGACUGAGACACCCCGCCCCACCACAAACGCGAGGUUCACUUGAACAAGCAUGCCGCAAUAAAUGAAGUAUCUUCGUUGAGCGAUCUCGCGCGUUUGCCAUGCUGAAGUACAUAGGAUAAUACAACACACAUAAUAGCACGGGUCACUCCACAAACAAGGACAAAAGGAGCUGGCAUUCAUCUGGCGUGGGUCCACUGCUUCGACGGCGUCGCUGGCCAAACUUUAUCAUCUGGGGGUAAUGACCAACAUGGCCCCGUUUGCUCACUUCCCGCAAUAUAUGUAUCACCGCCAUGGUGGAGUCUCCGCCGUGGUCUGACACUCCAUCCUUUCACAGCCAAACAGCAUGCGAAGCAGGACGUAUUGUUCCGCAAGACGAGAUUUCUUCCUGAGGAACUGAUAAAGUGAACUCGUCAACUUGUGAUGCAGUUGAUACACCAAGC